GUACGUCUUUAUGUGCUAUGAGUGUCUUUAUAAUGUUGCUGUGUAUGUGUGUGUAUGUUAUUUUGAUUGUCAUAAAGAAAGCUGUGUCUGUGUGGACCUACUACUUUUCAUUAGGUAUAUGUUAUGGUCACUUAGAGGAAUGUUUGUGUUUAUGCGCUAGAGCGGCACACGUAGUCGACUGUUUGUCACUGAACACGAUGCAGGAAACAUGGUAGGCCUACAUUUGAUCACCAACUGACCACUGUCCUGUUUUGAUGUCACGAGAUUCUGUUCCUUGACUAAACUAUUCCAUUCACAUUGUUCACUUUACAAGUUAGUCUAUUAAGUUUCUUAAACAUUCGGACAAAAAUAUUUUAUACAGAUUGACCUGUCAAAGUAAAUUUCUGUUGAAAGUAAGUACUUAUUGAUACCUGUAAAAACUGAGUCGUCACACCAGUCAAUGCCCCGUGAGAGAUUAUGUCAGUCAAGUAACUCAAAUUACAGAAGACUCCACACCAAUGGUGAAAAUUCUUCCAUUUAGUAAAGUUCCUGGCCCCCGAGGCUUACCCGUCAUUGGAACAUUGUUUGAGUACUUAAAGAAAGAUGGGUUAAAGUUCAACAAAAUGUUUGAAGUUUACAGACAACGUGCACUAGAAUAUGGGAACAUUUUCAAAGAACGAGUCGGUCCUAUGCAUCACGUGGUCAUCAGCUGCCCUGUAGAAUACAGCAAGGUGAUCAAUGCUGAAGGCAAAUAUCCCGUCAGGAUACAGAUGUUGCCUAUUGCACACUAUAGAAAACUAAGAGGCCUUGACCUUGGCUUAGUUAAUGCUCAAGGGGAAGAAUGGUACAAGACUAGAACCAUCGUAAGCAAAAAGAUGCUGAAACUGUCCGAGGUGCUGAGAUUUAGCGAAGAGAUGGGGCAAGUGGCAGACGACUUCGUCACCAGACUUGAUACUGCAACAAACUCACUAGGAGAAGUUCCAGGCCUGGAAUACGAACUUUUUAAAUGGACCUUAGAAUCCAUAGGUACAUUUCUGUUCGAAGAACGCAUUGGUUGCCUUGGAGAUAAGCCCACGCCUAUAGCUCACAGUUUCCUUGAGAAUGUAGAGGGCUUCUUCAGGACCCUCCAGCCCCUUCUGUUUGACGUGCCUGUCUAUCGAGUAUGGCCUACCGACACCUGGAGACAGUUUGAACACUACGCUGACAACAUCAUGAGCAUAGGCACAUUCUUAGUUCAUAAGUCUCUUGAAGAAAGUGCUUCUAGUUCAGCAUUUAUCAACUAUCUGGCCAAUGACUGUCACAUGGCAACACAAGAAAUUACUGGAUUGGUUGUUGACCUUCUAUCUGCUGCUGUGGAAACGACGUCUGCAGCUACUUUGUGGUCCUUGUACAACUUGGCUCAAAAUCCCCAUGUUCAAGAAAACAUUUUGCAAGAGAUCAACGACGUCAAGGUGAAGAAUGGAGGCACCAUCACGGCAGAACAGAUGAGUAAACUCCCUUUGGUCAGGGCCGUGGUUAAAGAAACACUCCGCCUCUACCCCAUCACAUUCGCCACCAGCAGAUAUCUGCCAGAAGACAUCGUUCUGAGCGGGUACAACAUACCAGCAGGGAACCAUAUCCAAGCCAACCUGUAUGGCAUGUACCACGACUCCAGUCUGUUCCCUAAACCUGAAAGCUUCCUGCCAGAACGUUGGAUGAAGACGAGCGAUGUCCAAAUGGAUCCUAUAGUAAAGUCCACGUCACAGCUGGUCUGGGGACAUGGUGCCCGCAUGUGUAUCGGACGACGAAUCGCUGAACAAGAGAUGCACAUCGUCUUAAGCAAAAUCGUUGAAAAAUUCCAGCUGAGUUAUCAGCAUGAUGACUUAGAGCCUGUACUAAGUACUAUGAUGGUUCCAGACAGACCUGUGAAAAUUAAGUUCACUGCCAGACAUUAACAUUUGAAAACAGACCAAUAAAAACAACUGUUCCAUA